AGUGAACGUCUGGCGCGGAAGGGGCGGAGCCUCCGCCUGCAGGCAGCGGCUGCUCGGCGGCUGCUAAUAACAACAUGAGGAGAUUAGCUGCAACUUCACUUCUCUAACCUUAUAGAUCUCGUAAUUUAGCGUGCAUUCCUCCUGCUUGUUUUUUUUCCUUUUUUUUUUUUUUUUGGUAGAACGAGAAUCUCUUUUUGUAAACUAAAGAACGGCGCGAGGGAAGGGCGGGGGAGGGGAAUCCGAGGCGUUUCUCUCUCCUGCUUUUUAAAAUUCCUUAGUCAGAGGCAGCGUGCAAACUAAAACAACCUUUAGGAGAAAAUCCAGCCUUCCGUACACCUGCCUUACUGACCCCGAGUCCAGUUGCUGUCCGCAGGCGUGGCGGCGGUGGCGGGCAGAGGCCGGCAGUGCCCGUGUGCGUAUAGUAAGGCGGGUCAGGCACAGGCGGACGCAGCCACUGGCAGCCGGCUUACGGGACGGACGGCCGCGAAAGCGGGCCAAGUUUGCUUCUCGGCGGUAGAAGACGACUGGCUGCAGGGGAUCAUCUUGCCGCUGCUGCUGUGGUGUCGUUUCCGUGUGGUGAAGGGGCUGACUGGGAGGGGAGGACAGAGGCAGGCUGCAUCGGGCUGCAUAGGGCUUUAUUUACAUAUACAAAUAUCUGCGUGCGGAGAGUUUCUCCUGCUGGCUCGGUGGCGGUGGGUCCUGCGAGCUGCCUGGUAAAUCCCAAAUUGGAGCUCUUCCAAGCUGGGGGGGGUGAGAGAGCACAGCCGAAGCAGGGCAUGAAUUUCAGUGCAAAAAGUGGCGCUCUGCUGAGCUCCCGGGCACCGAGGUGCUGGUGGCAACGGCGGCAGCCGUCCUGCGCCGCAGAGGGUCCCUCCUGGUCCUACUUCGGUGGCAGCCGGCCGCGGCCCAUCCUGGACAUGUCCUACUCCCGUCACUUUCUGGAUUUCCAGGGCUCAUCCAUUCCCAGCUCCAUGAAGAAGCUAGUAGUGACUAAGCUGAGCCAAAACUUCAGAGAAGCUGUUACCCUACAGCGGGACUCGCCCGUGCCGCUGCCGGGAGACGGAGACCUCCUUGUCAGGAACAGAUUUGUCGGCAUUAAUGCAUCUGACAUAAACUACUCAGCUGGUCGAUAUGACUCAUCAGUUAAACCCCCAUUUGAUGUAGGUUUUGAAGGUGUUGGUGAUGUGGUAGCGUUAGGACUCAGCGCUAGUGCUGAUUAUACAGUGGGUCAAGCUGUGGCCUACGUGAAAGCAGGUUCCUUUGCUGAAUACACAGUUGUGCCUGCCAAACAAGCAGUUCCUCUACCCUCUGUGAAACCCGAGUUUCUUACUUUAAUGGUAAGUGGUGCUACUGCAUAUAUUAGUUUGAAAGAGUUGGGAGAGCUGUCUGAAGGCAAGAAGGUUCUGGUGACAGCGGCGGCUGGAGGAACGGGACAGUUUGCUGUGCAGCUUGCAAAGAAGGCAAAAUGCCAUGUAAUUGGAACCUGCUCCAGUGAUGAAAAGGGUGGUUUUCUGAAAUCCAUUGGCUGUGACCGUACUAUCAACUAUAAAACUGAAAAUGUUGAAUCUGUUCUUAGAAAGGACUACCCUGAAGGUGUGGAUGUAGUGUAUGAAUCUGUUGGGGGAAAGAUGUUUGACUUGGCUCUUAACUCCUUGGCUACCAAAGGGCGCCUGAUAAUUAUUGGGUUUAUCACUGGCUACCAAAACUCCACUGGCCUCUCGCCCGUUAAAGCAGAGCUAUUGCCAGCAAAACUAUUGAAGAAGUCUGCCAGUGUCCGGGGUUUCUUCUUGAACCAUUAUUUGUCUGAAUAUAAAAACGCUCUGAAGCACUUGCUCGAGAUGUAUGGAAAAGGAGACCUGGUUUGUGAGGUGGAUUUUGGAGACAUGUCUCCAGAGGGCAAGUUCAUUGGCUUGGAGUCUGUAUUCCGUGCUGUAGAUUACAUGUACAUGGGAAAAAACAUUGGAAAAAUUGUAGUUGAAUUACCUCACUCUGUCAACAGUAAGCUGUAAAAACAGAACAAUGACAUAAAUCAGAAGAGAAAAUGGGCACUUUAUGUUGCAGAAUUAUUAGAAACAAUUACUUUUUUUUUAAGCUUAGUAACAGAUACUAUAUUAAGAAACAGUAUCAAGGUGUUAAUAAGUUUUGUGUUUUGUUUCUUUUUGUAAAACUGUUUAAUUUGGUGUCUGUAACACAGACUUACUGGUCCUAUGUUUGAUUCUGUUGCUUAGGCUAGCAUAAGACAAGAACAUUAUUCUUGACAGAAUAAGUCUUGAUGCAGAGGCAGAUUUAGUCUGUCAGACUGGCUUGAUAAAACUUUAUAUAUAGUUCAACUCAGAAAAAAAAAUCAGCAAGUUUGAUUCCCUGAUUUUAAAAUAAGACUAAGUAAAAGAGUUGUUUCUUAUAGUUUCUCUACUAAUAAUUCGAAUUUUCUAGAAAAAAUGCAUUCUGUUGUUUUUUUGGUCAUGAUAAUCAUAAUUCAGUUGCAUCAUGGUUCAUAGUAAUAUAUUCUUUGAGUGGUUACAUAGGGAAAUUCAUCCUCCAAUUCUGACAUGACAGUAACAUGAAGAAAAGCAACCUGACUUUGUUGUAAUAUAAAAUUGCAACUUUGCAAAUUUCCUAAAUCUUUAACUACAGGUUAAAGAGUCAUCUCAUUUUCUUACCUUUUCAUGUGCUUGCUGUCCAGUCUCCCUUUUAGUCAGUAUAACAAGGUUAUGGGAGGGAAGUUUUUAGCCACGUUCAUGUGUGUUCAAGUCCUGUGUAUUUUUUUAAGAUUUAAUAAAGUUGAAAAAGAUAUUUAAAUAUUUCUGGCAUUUAUUCAUAUCAAUAUGGUUCUUGCUGGCUAACUUCUUUGCAGAUGAUCUCUGUAUUGUAGAGUUCCUUGACUGAUGAUUCUUGAUGUGCCUUCCCAUAAUCAGGCUGCUACUCCAACUUUACCAAACAUUUCUUCUGCAGAAGCCCUUUUGCAAACAGCCAGACUAUUUUAAAUCUACAGGCAUAGCACUUCAUACAUGUGCUGAUGCUCAGUCAUAGAUUAUCUAGUAGUUAGACUUUUGUAAAGUUCUGAAAAUUCUUCCUUGCUUAAUAGAUACUGAUGCAUACAGUGGAAACUCCAGCUAUGAGUGUGAUAGUUUCUGUAAUAAAAUACUUGCUCUACAUAUUUUUUUCCACAGCAAACUUUUAAGAUCUUAAAGGUCAAUUUUGCCACAUCUUUUGAAAUUAUAUACAUUUCCCUGUUGUUGGAGAGAUGGACAUUUCCUAAAAUCAUACACUUAAUAAGUGUAAUGAUAGACUGAUAAUGUCUAGGGGUUGCAGGAAAAAAUCCAGGGUAAAGUUAAUUUUGGAGCAUUAUUUAGGACUGACUACACAGAAUUUUGAAAACUACUAUAGGCUUUUUCUCAGUCCUACAGGGAGUAGAAAAAGUAUUUUGAAUUUUGAUUUAGGAUAUUUCUUCUGGUGUCUGUUUUAGUGCACGUCAUCAACAUCCUGAAAAUUGUGUGGAUCAAAGAACUGUCCCUUUUGUAGGCCAUGAGUGACUAUUUGGUUUAGUCCCAAUUGGAACAUUUGGGGGAAAGUCAGAACGGCUUGAGCAUUUUAUAACCAUUUCUUUUACUCCAACUGAGCAUCAAACCACUGCGAUUGUCAUUUUCACCAAGAUCUGGUUUAGAAACGUAUUUCCUCUUUCCCGUGUUGUGUUACCAGCUAUUGUGAUGUUCUGCAUGUUUUGCAUAAUUAUAAAGUUAUAAUUGCCUUCCAACUGGUUAAUAGAAAGAUGCAAACACUGAAGUACCGGACAAGAACAGAACAUACAAAGUUCUCACUGAUUUAUUCCUAGGCACAUGAUUUCUUUUCUUGUUCAGAGAAAAGGUGUACCCUUGGUCAAUAGCAUGUCUUGAAAAAAAAAAAACCAAACCAACAAAAGCAAACAAAACCUGUUUGGGAUGUACUAGGGCAAAAUAAAAUAAUGCAAUUGGUUGCUUAUGUGAUAGGCGCAGAAGAGUUACAUGGGUGACAUUUUUUCAGAUUAAGUUACUGCAGUCCUGCCAAAACUAUCCAAACGGCCCAGUUUUCAGUGUUGUUGAUAACUACCAUCCAAUAGAUUUAGAUGUUUCCAAAGCAGUGAAUUCCAAGUGUUUAUCUCAUAAAAAUUUCUUGUAACCAGAUUCUGUUUGGACACACAGCAUUCUGCUUUCUGUUUAAUGCUGCUUCAUAUACAGUAUUGAGUAGCGCAAAUGCUGCAGGCUCUUACAGUGAUCAAAACAGGGGAAGAGAGGAACUGUUGGAAGGUUAACAUAUAUAUAUUCAGAUAUGACAUUUUGCUGUUUUUAAUUUUGGCUUCAGGCUUAUUAUUUAGCACUUUCAUGCUGAUAACAGCGUUAAUAAAAAGCUUGGAUUUGUUAGAUGCAGAAUUUGUAUGGCCAGCACACUGAUUUUGUAGCCCUUUUGGUGUUUGGUUCGGAUGUGACCCUUGGGCCUGUCCUUUCCAUCAAAUGCCUGUAUUAAGCUAAAGGAUAUACAUGAUUGCUCUUCCACAAGUGAUUCCAGAAUGAAAACAUCAUUUUUGUUUUUAAGACAACUUCUAUCAGUUAGAUUGCUCAAAGAGCAUUCUCAACGGGAGGAGAGUGAGAGGUAUUUCUGAAGCAGGCAAAGAAAGCUUUUCUGCCCAGAUUCAUCGUAAUUUUUGGCGUGCAGGGGGGAUAAAAGCCAACUUCCCUGCUUCAUUUUAAAGUGUAUUCUGCAAACUUACAGUUACAAGAGCAGGACUGACUUUGAAUAAGUAAGCUAUGAUGGAUUUAAAUAAUGUUUAAAUAUUAGGUGGAUAGGAAAAUGUAUAUGGCAUGCACACACUGAGAGGUUUAAAUGAUGAUAGGACAUUGAACGUACAAGGAAAAGAAAUACUGUAGAGUCACAGCAAGGGAUUAAUAACAAUACACUUAAUAUGCUUGCGAAAAAGGUGUAUUAAAAGCUGUGUGCACAGUGGGGACUUAAAUGAUUAAAAAUAAUAAUACAUUUUGCCUGGGAAAGUACUAAGUAUACUAUAUGUAGAGAGCAGGGAUUUAAAUAAUAAUACUAUUAAUAAUAGCAGCUCAUCGAGAUGUGGUUGCUAGCACUACAUCCUAAUUUUACCUUUCUAAAUGCAUUUGCUACAGAGAAUUCUGGCAUUGUUUGCUGAGGCUAACAGCAGAAUUUCCCUUUCCUACACACAUAUGCUUCCAUGGAAAAACAACAAAGAACUAGAUGAAGAGCUGGCUUUUUUCCUGAGUCUGUCACAUGUGUGCAUACGCACGCGCACACGGACACACACGUACUCACUCGCUCCUGGCCUGCAACCCUCAGCACAUUUUACAGAUACGCUUCCUACUUAAUUGCUGCACUGGAAUCUCCUAAUACCUUUUUGAAUUAAGUUAGAUUUCUACCAAGCCAUAGUUUGCUAUGCACUCAUGUGUGUGCAUAUGUGUGUGUGUGUGUGUAUACACAAUAUAUAUUUAGUAAGUAUGAAAGAACUGCUGCGUCAUGUAAAUACGAGUAAUUACAGUCUCUCAAGGAAAAGUUUGCAGUAGUAUUUGGAGAUACUAUAUAUAUUCCUACUUCUGUGUGAGGAGUUAAGAAAUUUCUCUGCUGAAUAGCUGUUAGUAUCUAUUUUACAAGAUUUACUCAUUUUCAGGUACCUAAUGUAGCUGCUAGCAUGCAUGCACGACAAUACAAUUUAUAUGGUAAAUGGAACCAAAUAAUGGCUUCACUGAAUGUUAUGGCUGCACUGAAGGGAAAUGUCACGGUAAAUAGCUGCCAAAUUAUGGAUCAUGCCGAAGUGUCACAACUGCACUAAAGACAAAUAGCACUAGAGGCUAUUGCCACUGUGACGCUUUUGAGUUAUGAAGAAGAGGAGCAGCCUGAUGUGAGCCUCUUUGUGUCCUCAUUAUAGCAAAGGGUUACUGGUGCAGUGUACAAGAAAACCCUAGUCCUACGUGGUGGCUAGUUAUUAAUCUGUUCUUUUCGAAUAUAACAGCUGUAGCAAGCCAGAAAAUCUUUUCCUUGCUUUAUGAAUACAUAUACACAUGCACAAACAAAGGAAAACCUGCAGGUUUUAUGAAUGUAAAUGUGUACGGGAAAUGACUGGUAAUGGAAAAAUGUUGUAAUAAAAUAAUCUAAUCAAAGAAUAUUAUUAAAUUUAACAUCA